CUAGGCGGUAAAGUGUGUGUUUAUACAUAUAAUGCAAUGGAUGCUCUGCUUGGUAACAACCUCUAGGUUUAUCUUGAAAGCCUUGUCCUACAUUUUUUGUAUGAUUUGCUAUUAUGUUGGAACUGAUUUAGCAGGGUAGUGCUUUGUACUCUUUAUCCCUUAGCUUCGACUGUGUCGGUUGUGUUUAUUUGAUUACGAAUUUUCAAUCGAAUGUUGUAGGUUGACCCUUAACUUCCUUUGACGGUUCACAAGUAUGGCCAGUACCAGGAAACAUUUGGAAAAUGGUGCUGCAUCUUCUCUGAUAGAGCAGCUUUGCAAGGCAGUUUUUGAACUGGAAACUUGCAAAGAUGCUUCUGACAAGGUUCAGUGGACAGAAAUUGAACAACAUUUUCGCAAUCUUGAUAUAACAUUAAAGAAGAAAUAUGAAGAACUAGAAGCUAAGGAGGAGGAGUACAAGGAGAAAGAAGGUAAUACUCUUGCAUUGAUUUUGGAGGAGGAGGCAGCUGUUGCUGCUAAGGAACUAGACUUCUUGGAUCGAAUUCAGGAGCUGAAAGAUGCUGCUGUUGCUGCCAUUGCAGAGGCACAUUCAAAUUUCCAAGCAACAUAUGUGGAUCCUCUCGAUACGGGGGUCAACAAAGACAUCAAGGUAAGCAGCCCUAUCGAUAAUAGAAACUCUCCUGAUGAGGACUUUCCUCAUAAAACAGGUGAAAAUACUGAAAUUGUGGCUGCUGAUGUUAAGCCAUGUCCAGAGCUGACUCAAUUUUGUGAGCAAAUGGAUGCAAAAGGACUUCUUAAUUUUGUAAUGGAGAAUCAGAAAAAUCUAUCUGGCAUUUCUCAGGAACUUUCCUUUGCAUUAGAAAGUGCAAGUGAACCAGCUCGUUUAGUGCUGGAUUCAUUGCAGGGGUUUUACCCUCCUGAUGAAACAACUCAAACUGUGGAUGCUUCCCUUCAGGGAAUGCGCAAAUCCUGUGUUGUCCUAAUAGAAGCAAUGUCUGCCUUUUUGGCCAGAAUAGACCCUGGUGCUGAGCACCUUCUGAACCCCGAAACCAAGCAACAAGCCAAGGCAAUUGCUUAUGAGUGGAAACCCAAGUUGUCUAGUGCGGGCAAUGAUACUACCAAUGGCAAAUCAUUGAAAGUGGAGGCUUUUCUGCAGCUCCUUGCUACUUUUAGGAUUGCUUCGGAAUUUGAUGAAGAAGAACUCUGCAAGCUUGUUGUUGUAGUUGCUCACCGCCGGGAGGCACCUGAGCUCUGUCAUUCCAUUGGGUUAACACACAAAAUGCCAGUUGUUGUUCAAUUACUGAUUAACAGCGGGAGGCAAAUAGAUGCUGUACGACUCAUUCAUGCCUUACAGCUUACUGAAACUUUUCCGACCGUGCCCCUAUUGAAGACAUACUUGAAAGAUUUGAGGAGAAAUUCCCAAGGGAAGGGUGGACACUCUGGUGGUGCUGCUGGUCCACAGGUCGAUUUUAAUGCACUAGAACUUGCAGCAUUGAGAGCCGUGAUAAGCUGUGUUCAUGAUUAUGGGCUAGAAGCCGAUUACCCACUUGACCCACUCCAGAAAAGGCUUGCUCAACUGGAAAAAUCAAAAGCAGAUAAUAAGAAGAGGCCGGGAGAUUUCGGUAAACGACACUCGUCAAAGAGAUUAAGACCCAACAGUGGAUUCAAAGGGUUACGGAAACCUCCUGGUUGGCAGGCUCCGACUAUUUACACCGAGAGUCAUGCUUAUGUCGGUAUGGUCCAAAGGUACCCUCAUGCUGUUCCCAACCCCUACAAUUUUCAAGUCCCGACCCAACCCGCAUAUGCUUCACAAGCUAAUGAUCAAAGAUUAUACUUCUAUCCACAAAACGACAGAGGUCCGGCUCCUUCACACAAUGCAACUACAUCUAACUACGGUAACCAUGGCAGUAGCAGAUUGCAACCAUCAAACCAGCCAUACUUGUAAUUCUUGAGAGGCAAAGUUCAUUAUAUAGACUGAAUUUGAUCAGUGUUUUUGCUCGUACUUGAUGCUAAAUAUCAAGUCUAUUACUUGAUGCUAAUUUUGUAAUUUUCUGAACGGGUAACUGGUAAGAUAAUUCUAGUUCAGGACAUGCAUUUUAAUUUUAUAGAAAAAGAUGUUGAUUUUCAA